AUGGAUCAGCCUACUCAGGAGAAAGAACAUCCUCAAGAGGUUGCGGAACAAAACGGAGUUGAGCAAACUUCCAAUGGAAAUCAUGUAGACGGAGAACAAGUUGGAGUUCUUUUUCAGAUUUCCGUCAAGCUUCCUCACGAGCCGUACACCAUCCAAGUUACGGUAUCGAGCCAGGAACAAGUCCAGGAUGUUCGUCAGUCGAUUGUCGAGUUACCAGGUACCUUUCAGUACACGAGCUUUCACUUGGAGCAUAAUGGAACCAGAAUAAACGACUAUGUUGAGUUGUCCGAGGUCAAGGGCCUCCAGGCCGAUUCCGAAGUUGUUUUGAUCGAGGAUCCGUACACCGAGAAGGAGGCCCGGAUGCAUGUAGUUCGGAUAAGAGAGUUGAUUGGUGCGGCCGGAGAUCGCAUUGACAAUUUGCACGGCAUCUGUGCUGGUUUGUCGCUCCAUGAUGCCGUCGCCGCUGGUGAACAGUUAUCCGACACAAAAGAAGGGCAAGAUGUGGCCAACGGUCAUGCCCUUUCAGACUUCGAGGUGUCGGCACCACCCGUCCUGCAAACAAUUCUCCCCCGAAUCCAACCCCCACUUCCUAAGACGGUCAAGGCAAUUUCCCUGUCGCCCUGGAAUCCCCCACCAUACCAUCUCCGCCAACGCGGACACCUAUUAUACCUGCAGGUAACCACGAAUGAAGGCGAGCAACAUCAGAUAACAUCCCAUGUAUCCGGAUUCUAUGUGAACAAAUGCUCAAAUGCCAAAUUCGACCCCUUCCCUAGACCCGCUCCUAAGAAUUACAGUGCCCACUCUCUCCUGACGCUGAUCUCGAUGCUGUCCCCGUCCUUCGAUGCUGCAUUUAAAGCCCUACAGGAGUCAAACAACAAAAAAGAUUUGUUGACUACUUUUCCCUUACAAAACUCCAUCCCCAACAACCCAUGGCUUGUGCCAGCGGCUUCUUCACCAAUUACGGCCCAUCAGGCCGAUAUCACUCGUUCCCAGGAGAACUAUUUGAUUUCCGGCGUGGAUAACUCUGAAACCUUGAGAGACUGGAAUGAAGAGUUCCAGAGUACAAGGGAACUACCCAGGGAAACGGUCCAGGAUAAAGUCUUUAGAGAACGUUUGACCUCAAAGCUUUUUGCUGACUACAAUGACGCCGCUGCCCGUGGUGCUGUUCUGGUCGCCAGAGGCGAAAUUACACCUCUGAACCCAACUGAAGGGAGAGACGCUCAAAUUUUCGUUUAUAACAACAUAUUCUUCUCCUUUGGAGCUGAUGGAGUUGGGACUUUUGCGUCGGAAGGUGGCGACGAGGCUGCUAGGAUUGCAGUUGGAAAGGACAUUGUGGGCGUGAAAGCCGUCAACCAGCUUGAUAUCCCCGGCCUCUUUACCCCUGGCACUGUUGUGGUUGACUACUUGGGCAAGCGGUUGGUUGGACAGAGCAUAGUUCCUGGCAUCUUCAAGCAACGGGAGCCUGGCGAGCACCAGAUUGAUUAUGGAGGAGUUGAGGGUAAGGAGAUUGUCACAGCGCACCAGGACUUUGUGCCUGUGUUUGAGAAACUGUCUACUUCCCUGCGAGUGAAAAAGCAUCCGGUCUGGGAUAAAGAGGGUAAAAGACACGAUCUGGAAGGGAGCGUGGAAACAAAGGGACUCUUAGGUACGGAUGGUCGAAAAUACGUUCUCGACCUUUACCGGAUAACUCCUUUGGAUAUUGCAUGGACUGAAGAUGCUGAGGGACAUGAGCCAUAUCCCCACAGAAUGUCUGUUUUGAGGUUGGAGCUGGUUGAGUCGUACUGGAGAUUUAAGAUGGGCCAGUAUGUGAAGGAGCAAGUUGAACUGCGAAAGGCUGCGAAGAAAGAGGCUGAAAAGAUUGAAGCACCAAAAGGAGAUGAGACGGAGGCCCCAUCAACGGAUGAAAAAGGUGAAGGUGAAAAGAAGCCCGUCGAUCGAGAACAGGAACGUGUUGACAUCUCCGCCUUCAAACUUGCCCUCAACCCCGAUGUCUUCAGUGGACAAGUGCCUCAGACCGAUGAAGAAAAGGAGGAGUGGGCUCAGGAUGAGGAGGAGGUUCGUUCGGCCUGCCAAUAUCUGAUUUCCAAGAUCAUUCCCGAACUUAUCCAGGAUUUGCACAAUGGUGACGUAGGGUUCCCAAUGGACAGCAGAUCGUUGACCCAACUUCUCCACAAGCGAGGUAUCAAUGUUCGAUACCUGGGCAAGUUAGCCAAGCUCUCACAAGAAAAGGGGCAAAGGCUGGCUGCUUUGAGCACACUUUUGAUCCAAGAGAUGGUGUCUCGUGCCUUUAAACAUAUUGCCAACCGAUAUCUGCGAUAUCUUCCACCUCCUUUCGCCGCGUCCUGCAUUUCACAUCUGCUGAACUGUUUGCUUGGGACACAACUCAACUCAAACCCACUCCCGGAAAUAGACGAGGAAUUGAGGGAAUGCUACCCAGAGGGUGAUUUCUCUUUCGAAAAAGUUACUCCCACUUCUUUGAAAGAGGAUAUCGAAAAGAACAUCAAGGUCCGUUUUAGAUUCAACUUGGAUCCUAGCUGGGUUGAAUCUCUCAAACGUCUUCAAAUCCUGCGAGAUAUCGCUAUCAAACUUAGUCUUCAGUUAGGUGCUCGUGACUUUGCGUUUGAGCAUUCACAGAUCAAACCUCAGGAACACUCGCCUGUUACCAAUGGCACUCGCGCUUCGCAAGAUGAGCAGGGCAAGAAAAAGAAGAAGAAGGGAAGCAACAAUGCUUCCCCAAGCCGGACGUCGGGAAGCCCUAAGCCCGCUAUCACUUUUGUACCGGAAGAUAUUCUUAACAUCAUGCCUCUGGUUAAGGAUGCUUCCCCCCGAAGUGCACUGGCGGAGGAAGCCCUGGAGGCUGGGCGUAUUUCGUUGAUGCAGAACCAGAAAGAGAUUGGACAAGAGCUUAUCUUGGAAUCUCUGUCCCUCCACGAGCAAAUCUAUGGCAUCCUUCACCCAGAGGUGGCAAAGUUGUACCACCAGCUCUCCAUGAUUUACUACCAGACAGACGAGAAGGAAGCCGCUGUUGAGUUGGCCCGGAAAGCUGUCAUUGUUACUGAGAGAACAAUGGGCGUCGACUCUGCCGACACUAUUUUGAGCUACCUUAACCUGAGUUUAUUCGAGCACGCAUCAGGCAAUACGCAAACCGCCCUCGUUUAUAUCAGACAUGCUUCAGAGCUAUGGAAAAUUAUCUAUGGUUCUCAUCACCCUGACUCUAUCACCACCAUGAACAACGCUGCUGUCAUGCUUCAGCAUCUCAAGAAAUACUCCGACUCCCGCAAAUGGUUUGAAUCUUCCUUGACAGUCUGCGAAGGCCUCUUCGGAAGACAAUCAAUUAACACCGCCACCAUUCUCUUCCAGCUUGCCCAAGCCCUCGCUCUCGACCAAGACUCAAAGGCAGCCGUUAACCGCAUGCGUGAUGCCUACAACAUUUUCCUCAACGAACUUGGUCCCAACGAUCGAAACACCAAAGAGGCAGAAAGCUGGCUUGAACAACUCACGCAAAACGCCGUGUCCAUCGCUAAGCAUGCGAAGGACAUCCAAGCGCGCAGACUGCGCCGGACCAAUCUUUCUCCUCGCGUGACCAUGGGAACCAAACCGCUUCCUCAGGUUGGUCAAUCGAACCCCGCGACUACCAACGGGGCAACAUCAAGUAAACCAAACGGACUAGACUCGAGAAGCAUUGAUGAGCUUUUGAAGUUCAUCGAGGGAGGCGAAUCUAGUAACCCUCGCACUAAGCAGAAGAAAAGAGCUGCAACCACCAAUCCCAAGCUUCGUGGAUCAAAACAAUCCCCCGUGAAAACCACCUAA